UUACCAUCUCUCACAGCCAGAAGCUUCUGUCGCUGGUUAAUGACGUCAUAACUCGUGUUUGACAUUGGCGUGAAGCAUGAAAGAAGACUAACGUUUGGGAUAAAGGUUUUUGCUGUAGUUAUGGCUUUUCCACUGCUUUCAAAACCCUUCACCGGGCUCCUCAUAGAGGCAUCGUCCAUGGUUCAACAGAGGAGCUUUAGUGUAUCUGCUGUUGCAGCAGCCAUCCAGAAAAUGUCGAGAGUGCGUGUAGUGGAUAACAGCACUCUUGGAAACACACCUUACCACCGUGCGCCGAGAGUGAUCCACGUCUACACUAAGAACGGGGUGGGAAAAGUGGGUGACAAAGUGCUGCUUGCCAUCAAAGGACAGAAAAAGAAAGCCCUGAUCGUUGGACUCAAAAUGCCUGGAGACCGGAUGACUCCACGCUUUGAUUCGAACAAUGUCGUUCUCAUAGAGGAUAAUGGGAACCCCACUGGAACAAGGAUUAGGAUCCCCAUACCCACACAGCUGCGAAAAAUGGAGGGGGAAUCCUCUAAAAUUCUAGCGAUUGCGAGUUCAUUUGUAUAACACUGAGAGUAAAUGUGCUGUUUAUUUCAUAUCCUGGGGUUGUAGAACAUGUGUCUGUAUAUUUCUUCAGUAAACUUUAAAAAGAG